GUAACCGUCACAAUGAGAGAAAUAGUUCAUAUUCAAGGAGGACAAUGUGGUAACCAAAUUGGUGCCAAAUUCUGGGAAGUCAUUUCAGAUGAACACGGUAUUGACCCAACAGGAACAUAUCACGGAGAUUCAGAUCUUCAAUUAGAAAGAAUCAACGUCUAUUACAAUGAAGCUACAGGAGGUAGAUAUGUCCCAAGAGCUAUCCUUAUGGAUUUAGAACCAGGUAUUCUAAAAUUUUUUAUCUCUUCAUAGGAACAAUGGACUCAGUCAGAGCUGGACCAUUUGGACAACUCUUCAGACCAGACAACUUCGUCUUUGGUUAAACCGGAGCAGGUAACAACUGGGCCAAGGGUCACUAUACUGAAGGUGCAGAAUUGAUUGACUCAGUUUUGGAUGUAGUUAGAAAGGAAGCUGAAGGAUGUGAUUGCUUAUAAGGAUUCUAAAUUACUCACUCAUUGGGAGGAGGUACAGGAUCAGGAAUGGGAACAUUGUUGAUCUCAAAAGUUAGAGAAGAAUAUCCUGACAGAAUUAUGGAAACCUUCUCAGUUGUGCCAUCACCAAAAGUGUCUGACACAGUCGUUGAACCAUAUAAUGCCACUUUAUCAGUUCAUCAAUUGGUUGAAAAUGCUGAUGAAUGCAUGGUUAUUGAUAAUGAAGCCUUAUACGAUAUUUGUUUCAGAACAUUGAAAUUGACAACACCAACCUAUGGUGAUUUAAAUCACUUGGUCUCAGCUGCUAUGUCAGGAGUUACAUGCUGUCUUAGAUUCCCAGGUCAAUUAAACUCUGACUUGAGAAAAUUGGCAGUCAACUUGAUUCCAUUCCCAAGACUCCACUUCUUUAUGAUUGGAUUUGCUCCCCUCACAUCAAGAGGAUCUCAAUAAUAUAGAGCUCUUACAGUCCCAGAAUUGACAUAAUAAAUGUUCGAUGCUAAGAACAUGAUGUGUGCUGCUGAUCCAAGACACGGAAGAUAUUUGACAGCCUCAGCUCUCUUCAGAGGAAGAAUGUCAACUAAAGAAGUCGAUGAAUAAAUGCUUAAUGUUUAAAAUAAGAACUCAUCUUACUUUGUUGAAUGGAUUCCCAACAACAUCAAAUCAUCCAUCUGUGAUAUUCCACCAAAGGGAUUGAAGAUGGCAGUUACAUUUGUUGGAAACUCAACAGCUAUCUAAGAAAUGUUCAAGAGAGUUGCUGAAUAAUUCACUGCUAUGUUUAGAAGAAAGGCCUUCUUACAUUGGUACACUGGUGAAGGUAUUUAAUAAUUUAUAUUCUAAUCUAGGUAUGGACGAAAUGGAAUUCACUGAAGCUGAAUCCAACAUGAAUGACUUAGUCUCUGAAUAUCAAUAAUAUCAAGAUGCUACUGCUGAAGAAGAAGGAGAAUUCGAAGAAGAAGGAGAAUAAUGAU